GAAGGCAUUAAAAUAACAUUGCUGUGUUCAAAAAGUAGAGUUGCUCCUUUGAAGGAAAUAACAAUUCCAAGGUUAGAAUUGUUAUCAGCCAAGAUCUUAGCCACUUUGGUAGACACUGUGAUGAAAGCUCUCAGUUCUCAAUUGGAAAUCACAAAUAUAAAGGUAUGGCUAGACAGCAAAACAGCCUUAAGUUGGAGGCAGUGGGUCAAGGUGAAUGGAAGCAGUGGGUCCAAUUUAGAGUUUCAGAAAUUUUGAAGGUGACAAAUGCAGAUGAUUGGGGAUUGAGGAUCAGAGGUGAUAUUGGUUCAAGGGGCACAAAAGUUAGCCAACUAAUGAGCAGCAAGUUGUGGUGGGAAGGUCCCCAUUGGCUGAAAGAAAGAAGAGAAAACUGGCCUUCACAAGAGGAAAUUGCUCUAAACUCUGAAGAGGUUAACUGUGAGAGAAAAAAGGUAGCAGUAAUGGUAACAACUGUUGAACAACCUGCUGGGGUAAGUAGCUUAAUUGAUAUCAGCAAGUACAGCACUCUCAAAAGAUUGCUUAGAGUAACAUCAUUCGUUUUCAGAUUUGGUGGAAAUUUAAAGGCAAAGAUAGAAGAAAAAGCUUUGCGGUUAGACAAAUUGAGUGCAGAAAAAAUUAUAAGAGCUGAAAAAGAAUGGAUAAAAGAUGCACAAUCAUUGGUGAAAGGUAGUAAAGUAUUUGAGAAAGUAAGAACGUCACUGGGAAUUGAAGAUGAGAAUGGUUUGCUCGUUUGUAAAGGCAAGUUAAAAAACUCUGACUUGAGCCUGGAAGCAAAGCAUCCAAUUUUUCUGCCAAAAGAGCACAAGCUGACAGAAUUGAUAGUUAGAGAUUGUCAUGAGAGAGUCAUGCAUUGUUUAGUCAGAGGCACUUUAGCAGAACUCAGAGCCCGAUUUUGGGUAACUAAGGCUAGGCAAUUUGUAAAAAAGGUCUUACAUUCAUGUUUUGUUUGCAGGAAAUUGGAAGGAAGACCAUACCAACCACCACCAACAGCCCAAAUGCCAGACUUCAGAGUAAAAGAAUCUAUUCCAUUUGCAAAUGUUGGGAUUGACUUUGCAGGCCCGUUAUAUGUGAAAAGUCAAAAACAAGCUACAAAGAAGAUUGUUGAAUAGUUUUUGGACUAGGUGGAAGAAGGAAUACCUCAUAGAUUUGAGAGAAUCUCACCGAAUGAAUAAGAACAACCCAGCGAACAUUAAUGCAGGAGACAUUGUAGUAGUGCA